UGGCUUCCCGCUUAUUAUCACACAGUUCUUCAAGGCAGAUCAGCCCAGUCACACUUAAAAACAAAACGAAAACCAUUUACACUAGCACUAGCUCUUAUGGUAUCAUAAGAGGAGGGAAAAGGAGUUUUCUCAGCUGGAGGACCCUGCAGGAAACCUCACCUCAACUUAGGUCACAAUCUACACCAUACAGACAUUUAUACCACUUUUACAGUCACGGCUUUCCCCAAAGAAUUCCAGGGACUGCAGUUUGCCCCUCGCAGAGCUACCACUCCCAGCAUCCCACUCGGUAUUUUGGGGGACAAUGUGCUUUAAAUGAGAGAGGUUGGGGUUUGUUUGGAAGUAGUUUUGCCUUUUUCAGCACCGUUUGCCUCCGUAGCAGAGCUUCCACGUUCCUAAAUCCUCCUCAUCAGAGAUGGUGGUGUGGCCUGCCCAAGUUCUCCUGCCCAUCGCUCUGGUGAUUGCAGGCACCGUGGUGGCAGGUUCUGGAGACUCCAUGGAAAGAGUUGAGAACAGUGGUGAAGACGAUGGCAGAUCUACGGAGAGGCCAGGACUCGUUUGUCCUUGCACUCAGGGAUGCUGUGCCAAUGCCUGGUUUCAAUACAAAGAUGCUUGUUACCUACCAGUCACAGGCGACACUCAUGACUGGAGUACAGUUAAGGAGAACUGUGAGAGAUUCGGUACCCAUCUAGCCUCUGUUCAUAGCGAUGACGAGCAAAGCUUCAUCUUUCACCUGAUGGGGCAACGGACGCGUUACUGGAUUGGCGCAGAGGGAACUGAUGAUCCAGCAGCGCCCUGGAGAUGGACCGAUAACUCCACGUGGCAGUAUGAGAAAUUUGGACAGCCUUUAAGACCGAGCAACCCUCCGAUACCCAUGGCACUGGCAGUCAACAGAUCAAAAAAUAAAGGUAUCUACUGGAUCAAUGCACCUAAGAGUAAUCAACACAUGUACGUCUGCAAAUACCUUCUGUAUUGA